CCGCUGUCUCGGCCCAAAACAGGACCGUACCAACGCGUUAAAUAGGGGGAACUGACUGGAAAUAUUUGAUAAAACCCCCUUUUAAAAUCGUUUAAUUCAACUAAUACAAACUAUGGAGUUAUUUUAGACAUUCUCCAGGGUGAUGGAGAAGAUGUUGCUCCUCAGUGUGUGAGAUUCACUUCGUCGUUGGUUUUAAAAGGUGAAUUGUGAGGACUUCUGAAACACUAACUAUGGCCGGCAUCAGGAGGGUGAACGGGACGUUCUCUGGAGUCAACCCGGCUGUCAGUUGCUGUCGCCUGCGUCAGGUCCAGUCUCUGCUCUGUGAGGGAGGAACCACCACCCCUGAUGGCAUCCUGUGCUCUCUCGGAAUUGACAGCAGAUAUAACGAGGGGUGCACCGAGCUGGCGAGAUACCUGUUCUAUGAACUAUAUGGAAAAAAUCCACUUAACCUGCAUGCCCUUGAGGAGUUUCAAGAGGAAAUGCUGGAUGAUGUAAUCCUGCUGAUCAAGGCGGAGUGUGUUCAUCUGUACUGCAAUCCAAUAAACUACAAUUACCUGCUGCCCUACAUGUCUCACUGGAGGAACCUGCAUCUCUACUGCAUGACAGAGGCAGAGUAUGAAGACGAGGAAGCAGCAGAGGAAUUCAAAAUCUCCAGUUUUGUCACGAUGGUGCAGGACUGCUAUCACAUCGGAGUACCUUACAGCUCCCAGGGACAUAUACAGAGUUUUGAUGCGUUCAUGGUGGAGAAGUGGCCCCUGCUUCAGGCAUUUGCUCUGGAUGGCAUCGGUGGAGGAAGCUUCUUCACUUUGAAAUACAAGUUAAUGGACAUGAGUGAGAAGCUGUGGCAGGUUUACAGCAGACUAGAUCCGGUGUCCCUGGACACAGUCCUCACAGAGGACGUGGUGAUCUUUGAGAAGCAGUGGAGUAGCUUUUUCUCCAGCAUGGACCUGGAGAGCCAUCUUUCCAUCCUGGAGCUAUCUGAAGCACAGGCAGGAGAAGCAUUCCGUAUCUACUACUCUCAUGGACUGAUCUCAAGCAACAUCACAGAUAAGAGUAAAAGUCAGCAGCCGCUUGUGUUGUUUGGAAAGCAUUCCUCCCUGGAAGAUCUGGAGAGUUAUUCCUUCAACUUUCCCUCAGAGAGUCAUCAAGUCCGCAACACAGGGCCUCGAGGCUCUACAGCCAAACACAUGAUUCUCCAAUGUGUGGCUCCCAAAGGACCUCUGGCCUGCUCUCGAACCUAUUUCUUUGGGUCAACUCACACUCCAUACCUUGAGAAUCCAAACACAGAGCAAAAGAAAACAGAAGUCUUACUUCUGUCUCAGAUCUAUUCAGCUGCCGUUCAAGCCGUCCUAUCAGGGAUCAAAUGCUACUCCUGCACAUCCAGUGCUACUAAGGCUAAGGAUGUAGCAGAGAACACCUUUCUCCUGGGUUUGGACUCGAUGAACUUGAAUCAGUACCGCAGUCAUCUCAGAUCCAAAUGUGAAUUUAAGAUUCAAGCAGUGAAUAGGCAAGGAAGGAUCAUUCCACUGACUGAUGAAGAAAGCCGUUAUGUCGUUAAAACAGCCUCUAUGACUGUUCACGACAUCCCAGACCUGCAGUGGGACACAGGGAAACUCGGCUCUGUGGUCUUCUCUGAGUCCUUCUUGGAGUCCAGCAUCAACAUUCAGCAGAAAGAUGGCACUGUGUCCUCAGACAGCUGCUACACCAUCCUGACCACAACUGUGCCUCGCUACGCCUGCUGGCUGAUGGAAUCAGAUGUCAAGCAAUCCGAGCAGGCCCAACAUCUCACUAAGAAAGAGGAAGACACUUGUUUGGGAACUGCUCUGACUGCAGCAGAUGCUGCAUAUGUGUUCUCCAGCAGCCAGCUCUCCACACCUGAAGAAGGAAAAAUCACCUUCUUCUCCGAGGGGAUCCUGUUCGUCCAUUCUCAAUUUGGAAGCAUCACCCUGCCCAGAGGUCACAUCAGCAACAUCAAGUUCUAUGAUCCGGACUCCACCGCUGUGGCGUCUUUCUUCGUCGAGUACGAGAGCAGCCUGCUCCCACACCUUCCUUUUCCUCUCCAAAGCUCUGACCAGUGUCUGGUCUUUGCUCUGCAGCCCAGGUCCAAGAGCUACAGGGCCUUCUAUUCAAAGGUUCUAUCAGUUUGGCAGAACUCUGAAUCUAAGCUCACACUUCAAAUGGUGGACAAACAGCACCUGACCUGGAACCAGAAAAACAUGCACACCAGACUCCAGAAGCUUCAUGACAGCCAGGAGCCACCGGUGGCUAAACGCAGAGGCAGCCUAAAGACCUCGUACUCCCAUCUCCCCGAGCAGGACAUGUUUCUUCAGCACUUUGCUUUGAGCAGUAUUGGUCAGGAGCCUAUCCUGUAUGACCACCUGGGGGUGCUCUUUCCCUCUGCAGAGCUGAGGAAUCCAGUCAAAAGCCAGGGAGACAAGGUUGUCGUUACCGUCAUUACUGGAUUGCCGGGAAGCCACAAGAAAAGACUCUGCGACUUCCUCAUCCAGCUGAACAAAGACCAUGGAAGGUGGGUGGUGUAUGAACCCAGCCCUGACAGCUCUGACAGCUUCUCAGCCCUACACCUGCAGCAGUUUCUGUCUGGCUUCCUGGAGAGUCAGAGAGGCCCGGGAGGCAAACCCCGUCUGCUGGUGCUCUCACCUGGAUACACAGAUGCCCUGGAUGUGAUCCAGGCUGUGCUAUUCCACCCUGACCCAGUCGUCCAGGCUUGCUUCACCAUUGGCGCUGUCACUGCCUGUGUGAACCCCCUGACCUCCUGCAUGGAGCACAGGUUUUCUUUCCCUAAACUGUUGGAGCAGUGCAGCCAAGGUAUUGUGAGCACAGUGGUGUUCACCGGGCUGACAGCAGAGCAGAAGCACCCUCUCAUGCAGCAUGUUCAGCAGCUGGUACGCUCUGCCAACCCCACUGCAGCAUUCAUCCUGGCAGAGAGAGGAGCUGUCACCCGGAAUGAAGAUGUGAACCUGAUACUUUCUGAAAGCAGCUUCAGUGAGCCACAGAUGCUGAGGGCACGUUAUGUCCUCUACCCUGGAUGGUGCAAAGGGCGCUUCUUCUCCGGUUCUGGGUCUCUGGUCCUAACCCAGCAGCGCCUGGCUUUCAAACAGCCCCUAGAGAGGCCUCUAUUUGUCACCCGCUGUAAAGCAUUAAAGUCAUCUCUGCGGACGAGCCCCUUCAGAGGAAACAUGUACAACGUUUGGGGGAAAGUCCGAUUCUCUGACUCCGACCAGCUGAUGGAGGUGAGCUACAACACUGUGAGUGGGACUCUGAGCAUCCACCCUGACCAGAAAGUGGACCCUAUGACCCCGCCGGGCCCCAUAGAGACCAACAUGUCCUCCUUUCUGAUCUUUGAUGGUGUCAGUCUCACUGAGGAGGGACUGAAGGACUGGCUCAGACUGUGUGCUAAACAGAAGCAGACAAAGAAGCCCAAGAAGACUACAAAUACUCUUUCACCACAGGAAGUCAAGAACAUACAUCUGACCAGGCGUUUGGACCCACUACCAGGAGGCUACUUCUACAACGGGUACAACUAUGUGGACAUCUUUGGAGAAAGACGAAACUUCCAUCCCAACAUGGAGGAGUUCAUUAAGGAGUACAUCACCGAGGCCAACAAAGAGAUCGAGCUCUUCAACCGUCAGCUGGAGCUGCAGGGACAACCCGACCUGUUUGAUCCGUGAUAGAAUCUCUGUAUGUCCGCUGCCUCAUUCUGUCUUACUUCACUCCAUGGGCACUGUGGGAGGGACGGGGAAUAGGUUGUGUACCGAGCACCUCUCUGCGAAGGUUAAUCCGUGUUCACAUAGCACAUCCAUCCACAUGCAGAAAGUCUAUUUAUUAUUUAUGUACUGUGUCACUUUUCUCUUUCUUUACGGCAUAAACAAGUUGAGUGCAGUUAA